GCCGCGGGCACUGUGGCUCGCUCCCUGAGGCUCCAGUUCACUCCAGGAUGAGACGGCCCUGUGGCACUCUGAGCCGGGAUUAACAAGCAGGGAGCAGUUUGUCCCGACAGCCGCUCGCCGAAGUCAAUCCAACAAAACACAAGCAGCCCCCGUGUCCACUUCAGGAGUGUGAAAUGCUGAUGGAAGUCAGCUACAGUAACGGGCUGGAGCCUGACCUUUCCCAGCAGUAUCCUCCACCCUUACUGCCAAAACCGGGCAAGGACAACGCAAGGCUUCAGAAACUCAAGAAGAAGAGAGCCAAGAAGAAAGGCAGCCUCUCUCAGACGCCCAUCCCCUUUCGCUCCUGCUUGUCGCCUGUCAACGAAGCGAGCACAGACCUCGAGCACAGUGACCAGUCCAGCCCACCGAGGACGCCAGAGUCGGUGUACAUCGCCGAGCCUUCGGUGUCCAAUUUCCCCUUUGGCUCCCUGUAUGAUCACUCUGCAUCUGCAUUCCCUCAUCCUCAGAGCAGCCCUUAUGUUCAGACUGUCAGCUUCCCCCCUCCGGCCUUCGCAGCCCAGACCAGAGGUUCAGAGCACCAGGUGGCUCCGCUGUACGAGUGUUCCUCUUUCUUGUUCGACGAGGCGACUCCUUUCAUGUUGCCACCUGAGCAGGUUGCAGCGCCGCCUCUGGCUUCUCCUUUCACCUUAAACAUGACACCAAAUUCCCGUGGGUCAGUCACAACAGUCGCUGUGUCGCAGUCCAGCCCGAAAAUAUCGACUCACAGCUUGACCCUAUCCCCAGCCGCCCCCAACUGUGGCCCAGCACCUUCUCAAGUGUCAGACCUACCUCCAGUUCCAGCGCUGCUAUCAGUUUCAAACAGUCAACCUUUAUUUCCCAGCCAGAGGGAGACAAACGCUGCCUCAAAGGACGGCCCUCCGAGCCAGACAUCAACUUUGACUGCCAGACAAACCAGUAAUGGCAACUUUGCUCUAAGCCAGAUGCCCCCUGAAAUAACGGCCUCAAAAAUAUCACUUGUUGAAGCAGUAAAGGAGGUGAGUCCUGACGCCACACCGGCUAGGAUUUAUACGUCAAAGGCAACGUUUUAUGAGAUCUCCAAACCUCCCUCUAUGCAGGACCUGUCAGGAAUAAACCCAGCCUACCAGGGAGCAUCAUUAUCUGCAGCACAGAGGGAGAAACCAGCUGUUUCAGUGCUGAAAACUGAUCACUUUUCAUCCUGGACCCAGUGUGGGAGACCUAAGACUCCCUCUUGCACACCAGCUCGAGUAUCGACACCCAUUUUUGAAAUCUCAAAACCAAACCCACUUUUAUUUGCUGCAAGUCCUGCUUUCAACUUAUCUCAAGAUUUGCAACCUCCUGCUGCUGUCAAGGAGGCUCCGAGACACAAAUCAGCAAUUCAAACCGCCGCCAGAGAAGAAUGGAGUCAAACCAAUGUUAAUAACAUAACGGCCAUCAAACAAGCCAGUAAUUACAAAGAGAUACAGAUUCAAAAUACACAGAGGAGCACAAUAAAUCUGAGCGUCGGCAACACUGAGCUGUACCAGAGAGAAGCCACGACUGCUCAAGACUUUACUGUGGUCAAACCAACACUAACAGAACCCAUCACCCCGAAUAUAAAAACAGAUCAAGAAAACAAAGCUUCAUCGUUGCCACAGGUUCCAUCAUUUCUUUCUGUACCAAAGAAUCUGAACCCAACGCCAGCACCUUCGAGUCCAAGCCCAGCGUUGUCUACGUUUCGUCCUCCUGUAAACGUGGCACGCAAGUCUUUGACGUCACUGUUGGAGACUCAGAUGUCAUUGGCAAACUCAAAGCCCAAAUCACGGUCUACUUAUUACGGGCUCACUCCAGCUGAGUACGCUGCCUACGGUGGAAUUAGGAGUGCUGCUUCAAAUCAAAGCCCUGUACCCCAAAGGAUUAACAAAGCCUCUGCAGACCAAACCAACCAAGACGAGCCUGUAGAUGAAUCAAAGCCUGAAAAACAGCUCAACGGACAUGAAGAUCUUCCCUCUUCAUCUCCAGAGCUUCCGGCUGAGCAGAUCAUCACACAAAACACAGACGUCUGUCAGGAGAGUGGGUCUGAAGCUAACGGUAUUGGAAUACAAUCACUUAAAACUACUAACGUGGACACAAUAAAACCUGAGCUUCCCCUCAGCUCAGCUCAGAAAACAAUGCAACAAUCCACAAGUGACGUAUCCCCACCAAAAGCCUCUUACUCUGAGGCUCCAAUACCAAUACCUAAAGCAGGUGAGGUACACACACAAAGUGCGGCACAGUUUUCUAUAGAGGCAGCACUAAAAAUGAACCCAUCUCUGACUGAUAGCAGUGGCCUGUCCAGCUCCUCCUCACCCUUAGUGAAAGCAGAUUCAAAUACAGAAACGCAGCAUAAAACCAAAGAAGGUUACAAUUUUGAUAAAACACCUUCAGUGUCACAGCCUAUCAACAACUUCACAGGAGAAUCCAAAAUUAUAAAUGCACAUGAAUACAGAGCUCCAGUUCAAAUUGCUAGUGGGGUCAAUCCAUCAAUAGGUCAAGGUCCCAACGCUCAGCUCACUGCCAAGCCCUUUAAAACCUUAGCUGACAGUCAAAACCUGAUCACUCAACCGCCUGCCAAACAGUUGGAGGCCAAAUUUUUAGAGAGCACCACAAUAAAUGGUGCGUUCAUCUUAGGAACCCAACAAUCCACCAAACUGGUGUCAGAAACCCCAAUAAAGUCCAGUCAAGUUUCACAUAAACAAAAGGAAGAGGUCAACCAGCAAAUCAAAGCGAGCUGUGAGGCUAUUCUGCCCAGUAACACAAACAUGGGGAAUAUUUUGCCUUCUAUUGCUGCUCAUACAGAACAUAUCCUUGACAAAACAAAAACUGAGCCCCAGUUCUCUAGUAAACCUUCCAAAGAACCAAUUAUUGCCAGUAGAGAAGCCUUGUUGCCCCAUGAGCCAGUCACAGCAUCUGUAUGUUCUGCACAGUACAGUAUCUGCACUGUAUCUUCAGCUGAAAAAAAGUUUAGACAACCAGUAAGUGCUGAAACUAAAGCCCACAGACCUGUUCUAACUUUAGAAAAGAUCAAUUUGCCUCCAUCAAGUGUACCAUAUAUACCUGCUGUAAAUAGCCCCUUACUAGAUAAACCAAAAACAGAAGCUAAACUCCCUGUCCAACAUGCUCCUGCAACCAAAUCACCAAACUAUUCAGACAUUAAGCUCCCUUCAGAGACAAACUCAUCAAACAUGUCAACAAAAGAACCCCAAAAGCCGAUAAACAGAAGUGAGAAUCUACUUGUGAACACACAGAGUAGUGCAGGAUCUGUUGGCCAAGGAGCAGGUUUGUACACAGACUCAUUCAGAGCGCCACGAGCAGCUGAAGCCACUUUAAAAACUAAAGAUGCAGUAAAGCCCAGCCAAGCAAAUAUAGAAGCCAAACUCCCCAAUUUUAUGAAUACUGACACUAACAGAAGCAGCAGUUCAGCAGUAGACAAAGGAGUUUAUCCACAGCUCAUCACUGAAAGAGUCGGUUUACUGCCGUUAGAACAUCCUCCUGCUGCACUUGUCAGAGAAGAAAACAUCCAAACUCAAUCGAUUGUUGAAACAAUCCCAGCUGCUUCUAGUCUUUUAAAAGGAAACACGGCAAGCAGCGAAACCAAACUGUCCAACAAACCAAACCAGCUGAGGUCUGUACCCGGCACCGUUCCACCUGGACAACCUGCAAAUGUAGAAACUAUUCAACAUGAGACUGCACUGUCAAACAAAUCCAGUUUGGGGGGCAAAAUUUAUAAUGUUCCUGCAGCUGAAAGCGAAUUCCCCAACAAGCUUCAAAUGGAAGCUGUUCUGCCAAAGCUGGUGGAGCCGGCAGUGAGCAGUAAACCACCAUUUAAUGCCGUGCAGGCCAGUAAACCUGCAGUGCCUUCCAGCCCUACCAUAAGGCAUGUCGCACCAAAAAGCCCAAAGCCAGCCACAAGUGCAAAAUCAGUUUCAGGCUCUGCUGAAGGUAAACUUUUUGCUGAGAACAGACCUUCUGAGACACCUGGACAUCAAAUCACCACUAAAACCACCUCAAAAGAACAAUUUUCUUUCAUUCAGCCAAUUAUAGACAAUAAACCUUUACCAAGUCCACGAAUAAAAAACAAAAACUCAGCAGCAUCUAAGACGGAAACAACUUCCAUCACUAAUACAUUUGGUAUCAGUGUAGAACAGCAAACCACACACACUGCAAGUCAAAUCACAGAAACCAAUGCUCAGAUGUUAGUGAAACAGUUUACUGAAACAAAAAGGUCUACUGGAACCAACAUCCACACUGUAAACACUCAGACCCUCUCACAUGUUGCUUUAAAUAACCAUCCUGCUACAAACACUCAGCCUGUUAGCGAAGCAACCAGAGAUUUUAAAGUCCCCCACAGUCCUCCAACUACACCUAAACCUUGGACUGCAACAAGAGCUUCACCUCUACUCGAGCCAAGAGUGUGUCAUACACCUAAACAAAGCUUCACCCCUACCUUACCCCAGUCCGCUCACACUCCUGUCCCUUUAAACCAUUUGACAGAAAUGAAACCUGCAUCUGUUGUAAUAAAAGAUCAGAUAAACUCUCCUGUUACAACCGUUCAAAAUGAUACACCUACUGUUCAGCCAUCUGUGAAGCCAAUCACUGAGAACGUCGCAAUAGCAGAAAUAAAACCACCACCAACAACUCCUGAGGUAAAACAUUCCCAAAUGCAACUACUAAAGAAUAUUCUAGGAUUAAAUUCCAGUAAAGAAGGAAAACUCUCCUCAUUGAACGCCAAAGCUAGUGCCCCCACCAAUCCUGAUUUAACCAGUAAACCUAAUCUAAAAUCUAAACCUCCUGUUAAGCAAACAGAACCAACACCUCCCUCUGCCAAGGUAGAAACAAAACCAUCAGCUCUAUCCACCGAAUCCUCAAAGUCUCUCCCCGAUCCGGCUCAGGUUAACUCUCACACCAGUAGUGUUGAGCCUCCGACAGAGCAACCAGUAGGGAGCAUUUCCCCCGCAAAGCCCGCAACAGAUACUGUCAUGAAAGCGUCCAUAGUUAAAGCCGCUGUGAUUGACUCUGCCACUCCUGCCUCUCUGCCUCAGGCCUCAGUCUCAGUCAAAGCUCCGUCCCCAAACGGAGGAACAUCACCGCCAUCUCAGCCAAACACUGGACUCAAAGGCAAGGACCUUCUGAAGACCAAAGCUGCGCCGACGGACGCCCAACCCUCCACGAAGUCAGCGACAUCAACUGCAUCUUCAACUGCUGAUAAGGCCGUCAAAGCGGAGACUACUUCGUCACCCGCUGAACCGAAGGCAGUCCAGAAGCCUAAAGGUCUGAAGGCUAAGCUCAGCGGGUGGAGUCGGCUGAAGAAACACAUGGUUGUCGAGCCGGACGAACCGCAGUUUCCAGAAGCGGAAGCCAAACCUCAGGUCGAAACAGGAGUCGAUAGCGACAAGAAAAUGGAUCCAGUCAAGCCGUCAGUCGACCAACCCGCCAAUCAGGAGGUGGUCAAGAACCAACAAGGUCCCAAAGCGUUGAAGAUGUGGGACGCACUCCUGUUUCAGAUGUUCUCCACCAAAGAGCGAAUCAUGGACCAGAUCCACAGCAACAAGAAAGACCCAGACACAAAAAAGUCCUCCAAAGAAAAUCCAGCCGAAGUUCCUUCUUUUGUCAACCGCCUGCCGAUUUUACUGUACAGCCCCCGAUUUGACGCCAGAAAGCUGAAAGAAGCGGCAGAGAAGCCGCUCACGAGUAUAGCUGCCGUUUUUGAACGGGGGCUGAUAAAACGUAAAUCUCAGGAGGACGAACGGAAGGACUUUAACAGAAAAGCCAGAGGAUUCGGCUCAGCAAAAACUACUGACGAGGCCGAUGAAUGAAAAGUGAAUUCAUCUGAUCUCAAGUAGGAAGGCCACAGAGAAACGUGAAGGAAUUCUAGCAAGAAUUGUGAGGAAAGAAAUCAUAGAAGUUUUGUGGAUAUAUGUGAGAUAAUAAGAAAAUCAGGGCUGCAGUGAGGAGGCGGAUGACUCUUGAGGGGAAAAGCAUGAACCUGACUUGACUCAAUGCUGGAGCUAGAACAUUGCCAUGGUGUUGAAAUUUAAGUUUUGCUGAGAUAAAAUUCAUUAGUUAGUGGUUAAGGUACCUGUUAAAGCUCUUAAAGGUCAAAUAGCAGUAGCACAUCUUUAAUACAAAGGUGCCAUAUUUGCACUUCUAAAAUUGAAUUAGACAAAAGAAGGAACAUUAGAUAUUCUGCAGCUCUACUUGGUUAGAUUAGUUUUUUUCAUUUGACGAAGGCCUAGACGUAGUGCUGAGUGCACGUAGCUCCUGUAGAUUCUUUUCAUAGAUUGUUUAAUUUGUCGUCAUGCUCUACCUUUUUCUAUUUUUCUAAACAAAGUAAGGCUUUUAGUGUACACCGCUGGUAGGCUGGUAGCGUUUGAUCUCUGUAAUAAAUAGGGCUUUUACAUUCCUGGAACAACAGGGCAGAUGGGUUUCGGAAGAAGGUCAACGAAGAUGGGUGAAGGGUGAAGGUCUGAAUAAAUUUAGGUUUCUGCAGGUUGGGUGUGAAUAGAAAGUGGUGGCUGGGUAAUGUGAUUAAUAACUCUCAGUGCUUAGUUGGUGUUUUUAGCCAUGCUAGCGACUCUGGUGUCGGCCUGUUGGGUCAGUUUGGUCUUGACGGAAACAGGUUUUGUGGUUUGGCAUUAAUUCAUUCUCAAAACUUUGGACUUUCAUUCAUCCAAAACUGAACUACCUUUUUAAAUUAACGUGCUAUUAUUUUAGCUUCAGCUGUACCUUGUGCCAGUUAACAAAUUUGUGCAUGCUAACACACAAACAUGGUAAACUUUGAUCCUGGUAAGCAUUAGCAUGUUAGCACCAUCACAGUGUUUAGCCACAGAGCUGCUAGCAUGGCUGUGAACUCGAACAAAUCUGUUGCAUCCCAGAAACAGAGUCUUUGAAGUUAAACUAAAACAGCUGCAGAUUGUUUUCAUCCGAUAAGGAGGACAUGAUACAAUAUUUCCUGUAGUUAUCAAACGGUUUUGUUGGUGGAUCAGUGAGUCUAGACUGUACGUAGGAUGUAGCCGUGAACACUAGUGAGUGAUGAUGAAGAGGCCUGACGUAGGAGGACAGACUGAAGGACAAAGACAGGUAGAUAUUAGACGUGUGAUGCUGCCAUAGCCGGUAUUACGAUGUUGUACUUGUGGCUCGUUUGUUUGUCUCUAUUCUGGAUUCUAAAAAUUGUUGCUUUCCCCAAGAAGACCAUCACGAUGUGGAAUUUCUUUGCUGAGGGGAAAGUAAACCCUCAUAAGCUGAACACAGCCCCAUUUAUUACACAGAUGCUUCACAUGUUUUUGUUUACUGUGUGAUUUUUAGAAAUGCAUAAAGCGUUGUGAGACC